AUGUUAAGGUGGACUGUGCUGCUGUCUGCGUGUCUGAGUGUCAUCUUGGCAUCAUUCGACUAUAUUUAUGAGGAGAACUCCAUCAUGGACCCGGAGGAUGUGCUCAGUGUGAGCAUUCCUCUGGAGGAGCCCCAGCGCGCUCUACUGGGAGGAGCACUGGUACUACCGUGUUACUUUGAGGACCACACUGUCCCAGACCCAGGAGCUCCCACCAUCGCCCCCCUCUCUCAUCGCAUCAAAUGGAGCCUUGUCACAAAAGAAAAAGUCACGACCAUCCUCGUGGCCUUGGAAGGACAGGUGUAUAUCACCGAGAGCUAUCUGGACAGAGUUCAUCUGGUGGGCUACCCCACAACCCCAGCAGACGCUAGCCUCAAGAUAUCCGAGCUACGAUCCAGUGACACAGGAGUGUAUCGGUGUGAGGUUCAGCACGGCAUCGAGGACAACCACGACAUCGUCCACGUGCAGGUCCAAGGUAUUGUUUUCCAUUACCGGGCCAUCAUGGGUCGCUACAGUUUGACUUUUGAGAAAGCGAAGGCGGCAUGCACCCAGAACAGCGCGGUGAUGGCUUCACCUGAACAGCUUCAAGCGGCAUACGAUGAUGGUUUCCACCAGUGUGACGCUGGCUGGCUCUCUGAUCAAACAGUCAGGUACCCCAUCCAUGAUCCACGUGUGAACUGCUACGGUGACAAAGAGGAACUGCCUGGGGUCAGGACAUAUGGAGUGAGAGACCUCAACGAGACUUACGAUGUCUACUGCUUCGCUGAGAAGAUGACAGGCAAAGUUUUCUACACCGCCUCUGCGGAAAAGUUCAGCUUCUCCGAGGCUGUGGUGGCCUGCUCUAAUCAGGGAGCUCAGCUGGCCACUACAGGCCAGCUCUACCUGGCCUGGCAGGGUGGGAUGGAUGUCUGCAACGCCGGCUGGCUGGGAGACGGGAGCGUCCGCUAUCCCAUCAACGUUCGUAGGCCACAGUGUGGAGGGGGUCUGCUGGGGGUGCGAACUGUUUACAUGUACACAAACCAGACAGGAUACCCAUUUCCUGAAUCCCGCUAUGACUGCUUCUGCUACACAGAGUCCCCCGAUGAGGGAGGUUCAGGCAUCAUAGAGGAGGGAAGUGGCGUGCUGAGUGUUACUACAGUGACACAGAGCCCAGAGGUGUUCUUCAGGGAGACGACCACGGAGGGUGAGGCGGUCGGAGAGGUGGCGACUCAGCAGCCCACCAUUGUGGGCUUCACCUACACAGAUAGCCCCACCGAGCUGCCGCUGCCUCAGCCACCCAAAGCCACUGAGCUCAUCACUGAGCCGAUAAAGUCAGUCACCGCCCUGCCCGACGUAGGCAGGGAUCCCAGCAAAGGCUUUGUGAUGCCUCCAACUGGUGUGGUCUUCCAUUACCGCUCAGACUCCGGUCACUAUGCAUUCACCUUCGUUGAGGCUCAGCUGGCCUGCCAGAGUGUUAGAGCCUCUAUCGCCACGCCAGAACAGCUGCAGGCAGCAUAUGAGGCCGGGUAUCACCGGUGUGAUGCAGGAUGGUUACUGGACCAGACUGUAAGGUAUCCCAUUGUUUUCCCUCGAGAUAAGUGUGCUGGAGAUCUGGGAGAGCUACCGGGGGUUCGGUCUUAUGGUCUGAGGCCAGCAGAUGAGAGAUAUGAUGUGUACUGCUACAUUGAUGGGCUCAAAGGUGAGGUUUUCCAUGUGGGAUCUGCUGAAGGUCUAACCUACGACGAGGCGGCUUCUAGCUGUCAAGAGCAGAGUGCCGUGUUGGCCUCCACUGCAGAGCUCUAUGCAGCCUGGACAAUGGGUUUCGACAAGUGCCGUGCUGGCUGGCUAGUGGAUCGUAGCGUUCGUUAUCCCAUCAACAACCCACGCGCUGAGUGUGGUGCAGGGAAAACGGGAGUGCACACCGUGUACGCUCACCCCAACCAGACACACUACCCCAAACUUAAUGCCAGAUUUGAUGCAUACUGUUUCAGAGCGGACUAUCUACUUGUUGCAAAUAAAACUGGACGGAACAUCACAGAUAUCCAGGAGGCCCUCCUAAACCGGACAUCAAUUACUGAUUUGUUGAGGCCUACUUUUCCCUCUAUCGCCCCUCCCAUCCCUGUGGAGACAUCAGGCUCUGGUUCAGGCUCGGCAGACUUCGACUUGUCUGGCUCUGGUGACCUCUCUGGUUCUGGAGACCAGGUUACCUCUGGAGACUUGUCUGGUUCUGGAGACCUCUCUGGUUCUGGAGACCAGGUUACCUCUGGAGACCUGUCUAGCUCUGGAGACCUCUCUGGUUCUGGAGACCAGGUUACCUCCGGAGACCUGUCUAGCUCUGGAGACCUCUCUGGUUCUGGAGACCAGGUUACCUCCGGAGACCUGUCUAGCUCUGGAGACCUCUCUGGUUCUGGAGACCAAGUUACCUCCGGAGACUUGUCUGGCUCUGGAGACCUCUUAGGGUCUGGAGACCAGGUCACCUCCGGAAACCUGUCUGAAUCAAGUCUUAGCAGUGCAGAUGCUUCUGGAUCAGGUCUUAGUUACGAAGAAUCCGGCAUCACCGUUGUUUUUUCAGGUAUCGAUGGCAUUGUCUCUGGAGAGGGCUCAGUUUCAGGAGGACUCCAAGAAGCUGGAGAGGGGAGCACAGGGAUCCUUAUCUUCCCUUCUUCCGAAGCAGGCUCUGGAGUGCUCAGUGGUAGCGGGGACCUGUCUGGAUUUGGCACUGGAUCUGGGUUCAGCUCUGCGGAAAGUGGCUCUUCCACAAAGAGGUCGGAGGAAAGUGGACAAUUCUCUGGCAUGCCGUCCGGUUUCAUCACCAGCAAGGACUUUUCUGGGUUCAGUGGUUUCCCAUCAGGAUUCUCCUCUGGAAGUGCUAGUGGACAGUCAGGAGAGCUUUCGGGAAGUGGAAACGCUCAGAUCUUACUGAUAGGUGAUGAACUGAUCGAUGCAUCGACUUCUAGUACUCAUAAGGAGUAUGAGCUUGGCGGAGGCCUACUGUUGUUCAGUGGCUCUGGAGACGUUUCAGGAUCUGGGAUUCUCAGCGGUGAGCUCAGUGGCUCAGCUUCAGGAAGUGGCUCAGGGUUCUUCUCAGGUGUGACCUUUGUGGGGUCAGGGUUCACUGAGGUUACUACGUCAUCCUCUGGAGAGCAGGAGGCCUCUGGGUUGUUAACCUACGGCUCUGGACAGGGAAGUGGUGGACAUUUGUCUGGAUUGGGAAGCUCAAAUUUCAUCUCUGGGUCUGGAUCAGGAAUAUCUGGAUCGGGAAUAUCUGGAUCUGAGUCCUCCACAAGCGGAGAAGAAGGCAGUGUUACAUUCUCGACUGGGGAAUUCAUAACAGAGGUAUCCGGAGACUCUACACUGUCUAUGGAGCUUGGACAAGGGUCAGUGGAGUUCAGUGGAGAAGGAAGCAGUAGCAGCAGCGGAGACUACUACACAUCCGCACCCAGCGGCAUUUCUUCAGGAGCUUUCUCUGGAUAUCUGCCGCAGGUUGUGCUGCCCUCUCCAUCCAGCGAAUGGGCACUUACUGAGAGCACGACAGGACCAGAGGAGGCCCUUAGUGGGGCUUACCUAUCACAGAUCCCUGAUGAUGUCUAUGGGACCCAUGGGCCUGCACUCGCCCCCGCAGGACUGGCAGCUCCCCCCACCGCAGCAUCACCAGCCUCCGUGCAGACACCAGGCAUUGUGGGAAAGCCUGAGUCAGUAGAAGUUGACCUUAACCCAUGUUAUCCCAACCCCUGUGGCGCUGCUUCAUGCACAGUAGAGGACGGGGUUGCUCUCUGCCACGAGGUAGAUGUGUGCCAUUCCAACCCUUGUGCCAAUGGAGCCACCUGUGUGGAGAGUGCAGACUCUUACAAAUGCUUAUGCCUGCCCAGCUACGGAGGGAAACGCUGUGAGAUCGAUGAGCAGCAGUGUGAAGACGGUUGGACUAAGUUUCAGGGGAACUGCUACCUGCACUUCUCUGACAGGGAGAUGUGGCUGGAUGCAGAGAAUCGCUGCCGGGACCUGAACGCCCACCUGGUCAGCAUCAUCACCCCAGAGGAGCAAGAUUUUGUCAACUCAAACGCACAGGACUACCAGUGGACUGGGCUGAAUGACAAGACAGUAGAAAAUGACUUCCGCUGGACGGACGGCACUCCACUGCAAUUCGAGAACUGGAGGCCAAACCAGCCAGAUAAUUACUUCAGCUCAGGGGAAGACUGUGUGGUGAUGAUCUGGCACGAGAAGGGACAGUGGAACGACGUGCCUUGCAACUACCACCUGCCAUUCACCUGCAAGAAAGGCCCAGUGUCUUGCGGCGCCCCGCCGCAGGUCGACAACGCUCACGUGUUUGGUAACAGGAGGGAGGAGUACCCCGUCAACUCCAUCGUCCGGUACCAAUGCAACCCAGGAUUUACACAGCGCCACCCACCGGUGGUUCGCUGUAAAGCAGACGGACAGUGGGAAAAACCCCAGGUGGAAUGUACUGACGUGAAAGCCAGAAAAAGAAUACAGCGGAGGAGCAGCAGGAGUCCGGCAGCCAGUAGCAAGCUUCACUGAAGAGUAA